ACACACACACACACACACACACACACACACACACACGGGGCCACGUGGCCUGUGAGAGGAGCGCCACGGUUCUCUUCCCGCUGCUUUCUGGGAGCUGUAGUUCCUUCCCCAACUAUACAUUUGCUCUCCUAUCCCGUUAUGAAUACAUUUCCCAUGAGAACGCGCGCGAGCCAUUGGCGUCAAUCCUCAUUUACCCAGAUACGCCAUCGCAAAGCACUCUGGGGCUUGUGGUUCGAGCGAGGAGCGGGAACCUUUCCCGCUUUUUAAUCCUUCCCUUUCCCCAGCGUCCCUCCCCCCCCCCGCCGCAUAUUUCACUUCUCCGGCCACCGUCCUCUCCCCCAGGACUACGUUUCCCGGCAGGCAACGGGGGCGUUCCGCCUGUCUCUCCCUCCGGCCCACCCCCUUUACCUCACCGCGCGCACCCUUCCGUCCUCCUCCUCCUUACUUUUGGCGGAGACAUUUCCGAAGCGAGUCUCUCCAAGAUGGCGGCGUGGGGAAGGAGGCGCGCGGGCCCCGGGAGUUCCAGCGGAGGCAGCGCCGGCGCCAGGGAGAGGGUUACCUUGUCUGCAACAGACUGUUACAUUGUUCAUGAAAUCUACAAUGGUGAGAAUGCUCAGGACCAGUUUGAAUAUGAGCUGGAACAGGCCUUGGAGGCUCAGUACAAAUACAUUGUGAUUGAGCCAACGCGCAUUGGGGACGAGACAGCCCGCUGGAUCACUGUUGGGAACUGCCUGCACAAGACGGCUGUGCUGGCAGGCACCGCCUGCCUCUUCACCCCCCUGGCCCUUCCUGUAGAUUAUUCCCAUUACAUCUCCUUGCCUGCUGGCGUCCUGAGCAUAGCCUGCUGCACUCUCUAUGGGAUCUCUUGGCAAUUUGACCCCUGCUGCAAGUACCAAGUGGAGUAUAAUGCCUAUAAACUUUCUCGCCUGCCCCUGCAUACACUCACCUCCUCCACCCCUGUGGUUCUGGUGAGGAAGGAUGACCUGCACAGAAAGAGACUGCAUAACACGAUAGCACUCGCUGCCCUGGUGUACUGUGUAAAGAAGAUUUAUGAACUUUAUGCCGUAUGAUUGCGGCAGGGGAAGGAGAAAUCCACAAAGACAAAAAGUGUAUUAAAAGACUCCCACAGCAGCUUUUCUUCUUGAAGUGGUGGUGCCUGGGAAGCAGUUUGGUUUAUCCAUUUUUUUUUUUGUUAUUUUUAGAACAAAAAAAAUCAUGUCACUGGGUGCAUUAAGGGAAUUUUCGUUUCUUCUUACACCUCAGACCUGGAUCUACAGUGAAAAGGAACUCUGUGGGAGUUGAAGUCAAUAAUGGAAUGUCAAUGAAAGGAAAUGAUGCAUAGGAGGGAGUGUGGGCUUUUUUUUUUUUUGAGAAACCUUUAAGUAUAUUGUUUAAUUGUAUUCUACAGAACCAGCUCAAAGUUAUCACUGACCAUUCAUUAAAGGAUGAGAAUUUCGCUUUC